AUGGCAGAAGUAAAUAUUACAUUGGCAGUGGAAUUCUUUUUCCUUGGAUUUGCUGACCUUCCUAAUCUUCAAGGGUUUCUCUUUCUGAUUUUCCUUAUUAUUUACUUGAGUAUAUUGAUAGGAAAUGGCCUCAUUAUUGUGAUAACUAAGCUAGAACCAAGUCUCCAAACUCCUAUGUAUUUUUUCCUAGGAAACUUCUCUUUCUUGGAGAUCUGUUACACAUCAGUCACUCUUCCCAAAAUGCUAAUAGAUCUUUGGACACAGAAAAGAAAAAUUUCUUUCCUGGGCUGUGCUACACAACUUUUCUUUAUUCUUAUCCUAGGAGUUACUGAGUGCUUUCUUCUGUCUGUUAUGGCAUAUGAUCGCUUUGUGGCAAUUUGUAAGCCUCUCUAUUAUACUCUAAUAAUGAACCAUACAAUGUGUGUUUGGCUGGUUAUUGGCUCUUGGAUAAUUGGGAUUCCAAUUCUCAUAGGUCUCACAUACCAGAUUUUCUCUCUGCCAUUCUGUGGUUCAAACAAGCUUGAACAUGUCUUCUGUGAUAUCCCACCAUUACUGAAGGUGGCCUGUGGGGACAUUUCUAUGGAAGAGUACAGUAUUUAUGUUGAUGCUGGAAUAUUUGGAAUGUUUCCUUUUCUUUUCAUAUCUGGAUCAUAUGCCAAAAUAAUUGCUGCCAUUCUGAAGUUGCCAUCAUCCAAGGGGAGAUACAAAGCCUUUUUUACUUGUUCUUCCCACCUCAUAGUUGUCACCUUGUACUUUGGGUCUGCUGGUAUUUCUUAUUUGAUGCCCAAUUCCAGUCACUCAACAGUAACUGAAAUAUUGUUUUCUCUUUUCUAUACCAUUCUGACUCCACUGUUUAACCCCCUAAUAUAUAGUCUGAGGAACAAAGAUUUCAUUGUAGCAAUGAGAAAAUUAUUACCUAAAUGUGUGGGGUUAAGAAACACAUAG